CACGAACAAGUAUAAGACUUAAGGCAGAAAAACGUAAUGAGAAAAAAUUGUGUUUAUCUCUAGAUUUUUUUCUUUUUUGGCUCAAGAGUUUAUUUUGCCUCAGCUUUACAGGCAUUCUUGUGACGUUACAGGACUGGGGAGGGAGGAAGUAAAAGAGGGAGCUGUGACUGCAGUACGUAUCUGAAAGCAAGUGUUAAAGAGAGAGAGGAGGACGCAUAAGCAAGCUGGUUUGACCAGAAACAGAACUGCCUGUGACAGAUUAAGAGACAAGCAAGGCUUGGAAUCUGAGAGCAAGCAAAGAGAGUGGAAAUUUACAGCUGCUCUAUGUGAGUGUUCAAGUGAUCAUUUUCUGGUAACGUUUUCCGGUGGUAACUGUUACUCUUCAAAGAGAGAGACAGAAAGUCAAGACAGAAUUGUGGAAACUCUUUUCUCUGCCACACUUGGUAAUAGGAGGCAACCUCUAUUAAAUGGACGAUAAAGCCUACUUCAUCUAAAGUGCUUUGAGCUCAAGAAAGAGCUGUCUUCAGCACCUCACCAUGUGUCUACGUUUUGUUGCUUAGACAAGCCAAGUCAUUUCUGUAACAUUUGCAUUCCAUAUUGGAAGAAGAGAUUUCUACAUAUGAAAAGAAUGCCUUUGUUUAGUAAAUCACACAAAAAUCCAGCAGAAAUUGUGAAAAUCCUGAAAGACAAUUUGGCCGUUUUGGAAAAGCAAGACAAAAAGACAGACAAGGCUUCAGAAGAAGUGUCAAAAUCACUGCAAGCAAUGAAAGAAAUUCUGUGUGGUACAAAUGAAAAGGAACCCCCGACUGAAGCAGUGGCUCAGCUGGCACAGGAGCUGUACAACAGUGGCCUGCUGGUGACACUGAUAGCUGACCUGCAGCUGAUAGACUUUGAGGGAAAAAAAGAUGUGACCCAGAUAUUUAACAACAUCCUGAGAAGACAGAUAGGCACUCGGAGUCCUACUGUGGAGUAUAUUAGUGCUCAUCCUCAUAUCCUGUUUAUGCUCCUCAAAGGGUACGAAGCCCCACAGAUUGCAUUACGUUGUGGGAUUAUGCUGAGAGAAUGUAUUCGACAUGAACCACUUGCCAAAAUCAUCCUCUUUUCUAAUCAAUUCAGAGAUUUCUUUAAGUAUGUGGAGUUGUCAACAUUUGAUAUUGCUUCAGAUGCCUUUGCUACUUUUAAGGAUUUACUAACCAGACAUAAAGUGUUGGUAGCAGACUUCUUAGAACAAAAUUAUGACACGCUGCUAGGGGAGCUGAUCCUGGACCGUCACAACUUUGCCAUCAUGACAAAGUACAUCAGCAAGCCGGAGAACCUGAAACUCAUGAUGAACCUCCUUCGGGAUAAAAGUCCCAACAUCCAGUUUGAAGCCUUUCAUGUUUUUAAGGUGUUUGUGGCCAGUCCUCACAAAACACAGCCUAUUGUGGAGAUUCUGUUAAAAAAUCAGCCCAAACUCAUUGAGUUUCUGAGCAGCUUCCAAAAAGAAAGGACGGAUGAUGAGCAGUUUGCUGACGAGAAGAACUACUUGAUUAAGCAGAUCCGAGACUUGAAGAAAACGGCCCCUUAACGAGCUCCCCGGCGCCCAUCACAGUCAUUCGUCUCAUUUGUCCAGUUUGUACAACAUGUCAUUUCAAAGUCAUCAUUCUUGGGAAGACUUUGGAGGUGCCUAUUUUUUCUGUUUUAAUUGUUCUGGGUAGACAGAAUAUAAACAUGUGAAUGGAAAAAAAUUAACCUAGAAUAAUAUAUUCAUUUUAAUCAA